UCACAUCUCUGUUCUGAGCUCGCAUGUAGAAAUAAGGGGAUGGAGCGCUCUUGAUCGACAAGCACAGCAGCCAUCCGUGCCUCAUCUAGGAUCCGUUUCGAUGUCUGGAGGUCUGGCCAUGUCUGCAAAAGAAAAGGCAAUUCUAACCAAGGACAGUGUCAGUCUGCUCCCCUGUUUCUAUUUCGUUGAGCUGCCUAUCCUGGUGUCAUCUAUGGUCAGCUUGUACUUCCUGGAGUGGACAGAUGUGUUCAAGCCAGUGAAGUCUGGCUUUAACUGUCAUGACCGCAGUCUGAGCCUACCCUACAUCGACCCUAACCAUGAGGUCAUCCCCCUGCUAAUGCUGCUGAGCCUGGCUUUUGCAGGGCCUGCGAUCACGAUCAUGAUUGGAGAGGCCAUCCUGUUUUGUUGUCUAUCUCGACGAAAAAGCCGCACCGGGGCGGAAGCAAACAUCAAUGCAGCUGGCUGCAACUUCAACUCUUUCAUACGUAGAGCGAUCCGUUUUGUCGGUGUUCAUGCAUUUGGUCUUUGUGCCACUGCCCUCAUCACAGACAUCCUUCAGCUGAUGACGGGCUACCCGGCCCCCUACUUCCUCACAGUGUGUAAACCAAACUACACCACCCUAAACAUCAGCUGUGAGCAGAACCCUUACAUCAUGGAGGAUAUCUGCUCCGGGGUCGAUACCGCAGCUAUUAACCGGGGCAGAAAAUCAUUCCCAUCCCAGCACGCUACCCUGGCGUCCUUUGCAGCUGUUUAUGUUUCAAUGUACUUCAACAGCACUCUGACCGAUUCAUCCAAAUUGCUCAAGCCCCUGCUGGUCUUCUCCUUCAUCAUCUGUGCCAUUAUUUGUGGUCUCACUCGCAUUAUUCAGUACAAGAACCAUGCCAUUGAUGUCUAUCUGGGAUUUCUGCUUGGCGGAGCCAUUGCUCUCUACCUGGGUUUGUAUGCAGUUGGGAAUUUCCUCCCGAGUGAAGAGUCUAGCACCAGCCUCCCCUCUCAACCGCACUGCCCCUCCUGCUCUUUACCACACAUUAGUCAAGAGGCAGUCCUUCAUCACCUGCAAAUGAAAGCCAGCAUUCCGGGGGAGGCUGGCAUUCCCACCUCCCAGUCCGAGGGCCUCCUCCAUCGGGGCCUUCCGCAGCAGAAGGGUGACGAUAGCCUAAAGUGCUCAGGCAGAGAUGCGGACGGGCUUUCCUCCCACAGCCCACGGAGCAAAGAGACCAUAGUGACCUUUAGCCACACGCUCCCUCGUGUACACACACCGCAGGCCAUAGCGGCUUAUGAGGAAGCAGCCAGACGUCACGCUGCCACCCUUCACCAUGCCUCCAUGGAUUCUAGCCGUUCAAAGCAGCUUUUGUCACAGUGGAAAAGUAAAAAUAACCACAAAUGCACUCUCCAGGUACCUGACUAUUUUCCACCCUCAGGAGACUUGUUAUCUGUUCAGCCCGCUCAGCAUCCUCAUCACCACGGCAGCAUGGAGGUCCGAUCCAGCUCUGAACCAUCGGCUAUGGGUCUGGAUGCAAACUUUGAAGCUCAUGCGUAUAUGUCCAAACUGGCCACAGGAACGAGUACCACAUUGCCAAGUAACUGCAGUGGUAUUACCGGAGGAGCAAGAAUGUUGAUGCAGUCUCGACCUGGAUCUUCACAACUGGUCCACAUACCUGAAGAAUCACAUGAGAAUUACCACAAUAGCUCCCCAAAAGCAGUAGGAGGAGAAGGGAGUGACAGUAUUUCUUCAGGAGAUGGCACAGUUCAGGCUAACUGGCAAAGGGUUGCUGAGAAGACUGCAAUUUGCAGGACUAACGACGAAGGGAAGAAAACCCAGCCACGAAUAAUGCAAGUGAUCGCUAUGUCCAAGCAGCAGGGUCUCCUCCAGACUCAUUCCAAAAGCUUGGAUGAGAGCAGCACUGUCGGAAGUUCCCAGGGCUUGGCUCACUACAGGGCUCUUGCUCCUGACAAUGACCCGAGUACCACUACAGGACCCAGCGCGCAGGGCAGUACCACAGGCAGUAUUUCUGGCAGCACUGGAGCAAUUGUCAGAAUAGAAGCACACCCUGAAAACAACAAACCGGUUAUUCAAGCGCCUUCCACCGACGGAAGUGGAUCGUGGAGGUGGCGAUCUCUGGAUCAUGGCAAUGGAGCUGUUGUAGGGCACGGGAGUACAGGAGGUGGGAGUUUGCGGCAAUCCUUCGAUCUCAACGAUCUUAGCAGAGACUCGGAAAGCUCAGACUCUAUACGAGAAGAGUCUAUUGACAGGAAGAGUGCUUAUCACGUUAAUACCACCUCUGUCACCCCGCCCGCAGUUACUGUUCAUACAAGCCAACCAGAGCAAAAGCUCCACGUUCAGAGCCUCUCUACUAUAAGGGUCACUCCGGGGGAUGUUUGUGGCGCCGGAUCUGGCGGUUGCAGUGGAGACACAGCUUCAGAAAUACCUUCAGUGGCCUCCAGCCGGGAAUCCACACUACGGCGAAAAGGCCAUAAUGUCAUCCUGAUUCCAGAGAGAGGAAACAGCCCGGAUAUCACCCGAAAUGUUUUCUACAAGGGCGUGUCGAUACCCAAUAAGGAAUAAUGCACAGAAUGACUGAAGGCUUCAGGGCCGUAUAUGAUCAUGAAGCAACAAGCUCGUUUUUCAGGACGCUUUCACACUCGCGCCCUUAGAAUCAAACUCUAGGUGGAGUUCGUUUAGUGUAAACAAAGUAAUCAAAAUUCGAGUUAAAUUAACCGGUAAACGGUCCGGGUAUGUUUCCCAACAAAUUUAAUGUUGUACUGUUGUGACAAUCUCCCUUGCUCCACUCCACCAGGCAAAUGAAACAAUCAGGUUUGAGCCUAAACGGCAUAACGGUGAUGUGACUAUAGUAAACAGAUUAAACCGGUGGCUGUUUGAACCUGUCUUUGGUUUGGCAUACAUGCAGUUAGCAAGGCAUCAGUCAAGCAAGACUUGAAAAAGGGUUUGCUUUGGACGUUCCCAUAAAAUGCAGUCAGCCGUUCCCUUGUAUACUGUAGCCUGGUAGAAGGACAAUUUUUGCUCCAUGUCGUGUUAAUCAUCACUGUUGCACUCACUAGGCCAGCCAGCAAACAGUCUUCCUGUCUCCAUUCUUGCACCGUUCGCAAAACAAUAAAAGACAUAAGCAAUGUCACGUUGUUAGUUGUGACGCGUUGUGGUUCAGUUGAAAUUUUUACAGUGUGAAAAGGAACAGUGUCAACACAUUCCCAAAUCCUGUAACACCCUCAGAGAUGCCACCACAUGUACCUAUUCCAUAAUAUUCAGUAUAUAUAGCAUCAGAAAAAGAUUUUAUGUAGCAUGAGAGUUUUGUAAAUGUUAACUAAAGCACAACCUUUUAAGUGUUGACAGAAAUAAUCACUGUGUACUUUGUAGCCACUAAGGACACUUAUUUUAAUAUUUAUGUUAUUUACGAGUGGUGUCAAUGGAAUCUUUUUUUUUAGACAGCUCUGUACGUUUUCAAUAUUAACCACAAAAAGAAAGCUGUAUAAAAAUACAUGCUUUUCAAAAGUUGAAUACUGCAAAGAAAUGAUGUUUGUGAGAGCAGUUUACGUUCCUGCACUGAUUACAGUGUGUUUUUGAGAAGGGUGCUAUACCAGAAGAUACUAUUACCUUAGAAAAUACAAAAGACAGUACUUAAAUUCCAUUUUAAAAACAAAGAAAGCAGCUAUGACAUAACAUAUAACAAAAACCUAUUUUAUAUUUUGGCUCUUUUUGUGGAUAAAACUGAAUUUGAACCAUAAGUGUGCUUAGCAUUCCUUCUGUACCUUCUGUAGCACUUGCACUGAAAGUGUUUAUUGUACCUUGUACUAUAUGCUGUAUGACCAUAUCAUAAUAUCCCAUGCAUUAGUAUAGCAGGUUAAUUUUUCAAAAAACAACAACAUUAUUUAUCCCAUACUUUUAUUAGACUAUAUUUGAAUGUUUUCUGGUAUUAGUCACACAGUUCCAUCUGAGUCACUUGGUAUCUAUGGGCAUUGUACUGUAUGUGGACAAUACUAAGGUCAGUAAAAAUAAUAAUAAUAAUAAUAAUAAUUGCUCCUAAACAUGCAGUAUAUUCAAUCUUUAUGACUGAUUCAUUUUCAGUUAGCAGAAAAUGUUUCAGGGUGCCUUUUCUUAAAAAAAAAAAAAUGAAACAAAAUACUGUAUAUAAAGUACAUCCAUAUAUCACUGUAUAUUAUUUUAAAAAUAAUUGUCUUUCUGUAGCCUACAUUUACAAAUGCAAUACUAAAUAUCACAAAACCAUGAUGUACGACUAUCCAGUACUACUGUAGAUCUUAGUAUACUACAUCACGUGUAAACCCUUGGUUCUUUGUGUUGUAUGAGAUAUGAUUUUUUUGGGCUUUACCAUGCCACACGUAAUGGUUGGAAUUUGGUAACUGCCACUACAGUGUACACACACACAAAACAAACCACAUUUCUAGCUAUGCUUUUGCUUAUUAUUCUAUUGUAGGACUAAGUUUGCUCCAAUCAGGUAUGUCGUUGAGUAUUUUAUUGAAAAUCCCUUGAGCUCGGAACAAUUAUCCAAUUGUAAUAGCACCAAAACAUGCAUAGACCCCUCGUCCAAUUUGCUGUCUUGUGCUAUACUAUCUUGGGGUUCUCCAUCCAUCCAUCCAUUUUCUGAGCCGCUUCUCCUCACUAGGGUCGCGGGCGUGCUGGAGCCUAUCCCAGCUGUCAUCGGGCAGGAGGCGGGGUACACCCUGAACUGGUUGCCAGCCAAUCGCAGGGCACAUACAAACAGACAACCAUUCGCACUCACAUGCACACCUACGGGCAAUUUAGAGUCUCCAAUUAAUGCAUGUUUUUGGGAUGUGGGAGGAAACCGGAGUGCCCGGAGAAAACCCACGCAGGCACGGGGAGAACAUGCAAACUCCACACAGCCGGGGCCGGGGAUUGAACCCGGGUCCUCACAACUGUGAGGCUGACGCUCUAACCAGUCGGCCACCGUGCCGCCUCUUGGGGUUCUCAACUUCCUAUAAAUGGUCAUUGUCACUUGUCAUCUGCCUAUCAGAAGCAAUUGGGGGCUGAGUAUCUCGAACAAGGAUACUUCAAGGUGGUCACAGGGGUACUGAGGAUCGAAUAUUAACAUUUGGCUUGGUAGACAGCCAAUCUAACACCUUAUCCAAGCUGCUCCCGAAUGUUUGUUUAACGGCGUAUUCAAAAACUCGGAUAAGGCAUAUUAUUAUUAUUUUUUCUCUGCUCAAAUUAAAAACAACGCCUCCAUGUAAACUCAUUGGCCAGUGUCUAAAUAUAUGCAAACCAAUUCACUAAAUAUAAAAAUUAGCCCAAAAGAUUUAGGGGCUUGAGAACAUUCUAUUUUAGAAUACCCAUCCUAAAAUGACAAAUACUGUACAAUUGUACUAUUGCAGCCUGUCUAACAAAUUGUUUUGAUAAAUGUUGUUCAUGAGCAGUAGUAUUUCAUAUUAAUAUUUUUUGGUGUGGGUGUGUUAGUGUGUGUGUAGUGUUCUUCUUUUGAUGCCGUUAUUUGGAAUGUGGUCAUAUUAUUAGGACUGAUUUUAUUGUUUGGGGCAGUGACCAAAGUACAGGACAUUAAUUUAUGGUUUAUGUCAUAUUAUUAAUAGUGAAAUUGUUGCCGUGCUGGACAGUACUUCAAGUAAUAGAAGAAAAUAAAACUUACUACAUUCCAGUAACUCAAUCAAUCAAUUGUUCAGUGGAAUAAUUUGCCAGAGUGUGAAAAUACAUCCAAAACCCCGGAUUUUUCAUAUUUUCUCAGUGUAGAAAAGCUUUAGCUAGAGCAAGUCUUUACCAUAUUGUACAUUAUUUAUUCAAUAGUCUUUGCAUGGAUUAUUCUGCAUAUCACUCAUCACCAUUGUACUACCACUACUCUUUUUGUAGUGUGAUAUGAUUAGGACUGUCCUUUCUCGUAGCAGGUUUUCGUACGUUUAAACUGACACUGUUUCCAUCAGAAAUUUGGUUUAGACUUUGUAUUGACACGUAUGCACAUUUUCACUGUGGGAACACAGUUUUGACUGAUUGAAAAUUGCAAAAUACAAGACUUGCAAACUUUUAAAUACUUUUACGAUCAAUUUAUUGAAAUGUGGGGCUUAUCUGGCAGUCCUCUUUGUGUAAUGAAAGUGAAGCAUGUCAGUGAAAUUGUGUUAUUUUACAUUUUAAUUUUGGUCUAAAACAAGACAAAACAUUUGUAUCAAUAUGAAUGUUUUCUGCGUUUGGAUCUCGGUCCAAACCCUCUGAAACUUAUUGAGUCACUAAUAUAGCAUUUUUUUUCCCGUACCUUUAACAGAUAGUUACUGUAGAUGUAUUAUUUUUAAUCCAUAAUUGAUGUUUUCUAUUCCCUGAUAACACUACAAUUUAUAUAAAUUUGAACACAGGAUGGGGUGGAAGAGUACAAAUGAUUGAUCACCGAUGUGUUUUAAUUGUGUUUGAGCGACCAUUGAGUUCUCUCUGUUUGUUGGGAGGGAACAUGCAAGUGAGAAAGCCUUUACAUAUCAGUGUGAGACAGAGUAAAGAAGUCCAAGGCAGGUUGAGUUCCAGACCAGGUUGAGGCUAGUGUGAUAACGCAGGGGGGUGGGGGGACCGGGCGUUUUAUAAAUAAAUAAGGGAUUCUAGGCCACUGAA